AUGAACUUUCCUAGCAAAUGGAUCUCCUGGGUCAAAUCUUGCAUUACCUCUGCUUCUUUCUCUUUACUGAUUAAUAAACAACCUUCUGGUUGGUUUAAGUCCACUAGAGGACUCCGUCAGGGGGAUCCUCUUUCCUCAUACCUCUUCAUUCUGGCUGCCCAAAAUCUGACUGCUUUGCUCAACUUUGCUAUGAGACAGAAUAUGAUCCCUAGUUUUAAUUCUGCUCUUAGACAUAAUUUCAACCACCUCAUGUAUGCGGAUGAUUUGAUCCUUAUUUCGCUUGCGUCUAGGAAGAUUGCCCGCAACAUCAAUUUGUGUCUAUCAAUUUAUGAGAGCCUUACUGGUCAGCGAGCUAACAAAUCCAAAUCUGGAGUCUAUUUUCCCUCCAGAUUUAAUUUGCGUCUCCAGACCAGCAUAAGCUCCAUCCUUGGUUUUACGGUGGGCAAAUUUCCUCUAACUUAUCUCGGCCUGCCUAUUUCCCCUAGAAGAUUGCCUAUCUCCAGUUUUACUAACUUGCUUGCCAAAACUGAGAAUAUUGUAUCUUCCUGGAAACAUUCUAAAAUUUCCAUGUCUGGCAAAGCUGUUCUUAUUAAUUCUGUCUUGAUGUCGAAUCCAGUUUACUACCUGUCUGUUUAUCCUGUCCCUGAUACGAUUUUGGAUGGUAUUUCUAAAGCUGCCAGAAAGUUCUUCUGGUCUAAGAGUGGCAAUCGAAAAGGCAUGAACUUAGUGAGUUGGACAGAUAUUACUCUCAAACAAACUGAGGGGGGUAUCUCCAUCCGUAAUUUGCGUGCUUCUAAAAUUUCUUUAAUGGCGAAAAAUGUUAUCAGUUAUUUAAAUCAUCAUGAUGCCAUUUGGGUGGAUAUUCUGUACAGGAAGUAUGGCAAUUUUAAUUUUUGGACUGACUCCACCCCGGCCAACUGCUCCUGGUUUUUCCGGGGUCUUUGUCAUAAUGCCAACAUCAUUAAGCCUCACCUAUGGUUAUAUCACUUUAAUCCUGCUCAUAUUGAUUUAAUGCUAGACCCCUGGUAUUUUGAAAUUCCAUUAGCAUUUAAACCCACAUUCCUUAACAUGGAUUUUGAUUUGCAUUUGCUAAGUUUGUCUGAUCUCUUACUGAAUGAUGUUUGGAAUUAUACUGUGCUGCAUAAUAUCUUUGGUGCUUUCCUGAACCUUGAUUAUCUCAACAUUAAUAAGUGUUCCAUCAACUUUGCUAAGCAUUGGGUGUGGUUUCCUAAAGCCAAUAAUAUCAAGACCACAUCCAUGGUUUAUUCACACUUCAAUAACUCUGCGGGUACUAUGAAUCCUUGGGACGGCUGGAGAAAUCUCUGGCGUUUGAAGAUUGCACCAAGGCCUAAAUAUUUCAUGUGGUUACUUCUUCAUAAUGGUAUUAAAACAUAUGACUAUCUAUACAGGUUAAAUCUUGGGCCUCAAACUCUUUGCAGGUUUUGCAAUAUUGACUUUGAAUGUACUGAGCAUUUAUUUAAUCAUUGUUCUAAAGCUCAGUACAUUUGGAGAUUGGUAAGUGCAGCCAUUGGUAAGCAGGUUAGUUUUCUUGAUGGAUUUUCAUCUGGACAUUGGCUUUCUCCUACUAAUUCUGUUUAUGAUCUCCGUGACCAAUCUGUUAUUGCAGUUACUUCUUGGCUUAUUUGGAAGUCAAGAUGUAAUCUCAUUUUCCGCAAUGAAUCCCCUGAUUUUAAUGCAAUCCAUGUUAACGCUCUUAGCCAUGUCAGGGAGUUCUCCUUAUCCCCUACUUACUUGUCUGGCAGCAGACUCAUACUCAACAAUUUUUCCUUAAUUGAUAGCCCCUUUCUCUUUGUUUCUUCUUUGGGUAAGGGUGAAGCUAGAGACUAUGGCGCUGGUUUCUAUCUUAGUAAUGCUUGUUCUCAGAUCAUUUGUGCAGGUUGUUGCAAUAAUUUGGCAGACUCAAUAUUAGAAGCUGAUGCUCUGGCACUGCUGAUUGCUCUGGGAAGUCUUCAUGCUUCGGAUCUUUCGUCCUGCACCAUCUUCAUUGCCAGCAAUGAUCUUUAUCAUUUAAUCCAGUCUGACGCGAUACAUUUUGCUUGGCGCCUUCGUCCUUUGAUCUCCAGCUUGUCUGAUUACCUUUCAAGUUUGGGUCAUCCGCGGAUUUGCAUCAUACCUAAAGCCUGGUUGGCAAUUGCUAAUAGUCUUGCUCUGCAUGGACUUAACUCUCAUGUUCUUACUCUCUUCCAUCAGGGCAAGGACCUCCCUCGUUGGCUUAUGAGGCAGCUUCUUCAGUCUGGAGUUAGCUUGUAG